GGCGGCCAUCUGUGCAGGGCUUGUCCCCGUGCAGCGCUCAGGUUACAGCUCCUCCAGCCUUUAGCAGCCGGUUCUCUAACGAGCUCUCUUCACGCUGCCAGCAUGAAGCUACCGGCCAUUCUCGCCGCUUUCGCAUGGAUAGCCGUCACCGUCGAGGCCACCGUGCACUUCAAGGAGCAGUUCCUGGACGCAGAUGGAUGGCAGAGCCGGUGGGCCGAGUCCAAGCACAAGUCGGACUACGGUCAGUGGAAACUGACCGCUGGGAAGUUCUAUGGGGACGCCGAGGCUGAUAAAGGUCUCCAGACCAGCCAGGACGCCCACUUUUAUGCCCUGUCGGCUCGCUUCGAGCCCUUUAGCAACGAGGGAAAGCCCUUGGUCAUCCAGUUCACCAUCAAGCACGAGCAGAAGAUCGACUGUGGAGGUGGCUACGUCAAAAUCUUCCCCUCUGACCUCGACCAGAGCAACAUGCAUGGGGACUCUCAGUAUUACAUCAUGUUCGGGCCUGACAUCUGUGGAUACAGCACAAAGAAGGUUCACGUGAUCUUCAACUACAAGGGCCAGAACCACCUCGUCAAGAAAGACAUCAAAUGCAAGGAUGACGAGCUGACCCACAUGUACACACUGAUCCUGAAUCCGGACCAGACAUACGAGGUGAGGAUCAACAACGAGAAGGUGGAGUCUGGCUCUCUGGAGGACGACUGGGACAUGCUGCCCGCCAAGAAGAUCAAGGACCCAGAUUCCAAGAAACCCAGCGACUGGGACGACAGGGCCAAGAUCGACGACCCCAAUGACACCAAGUCUGAGGAAUGGGACAAGCCAGAGACCAUCCCUGACCCUGAUGCCACGAAGCCUGAUGACUGGGAUGUGGACAUGGACGGGGAGUGGGAACCUCCCGUGAUCACCAACCCAGAGUACAAGGGGGAGUGGAAACCCAAUCAGAUUGACAACCCCGACUACAAAGGAGCCUGGGUCCACCCUGAGAUUGAUAACCCAGAGUACACUCAGGACGCCGCGAUGUACAAAUUCGAUAACAUUGGAGUACUGGGCCUGGAUCUGUGGCAGGUUAAAUCUGGCACCAUCUUUGACAACUUACUGAUCACUGACAAUGUCAAAGAGGCAGAAGAGUUUGGGAAGGAAACCUGGGGAGCUACUAUGGGACCAGAGAAGAAGAUGAAGGAGGAGCAGGAGGACAUGGAGAGGAAACUGAGGGAGGAGGAGGAAGACAAGAGCAAGAAGACGGACACUGAUGGUGAUGCUGAGGACGAGGAGGAGGAAGAUGACGAGGAGGAGGAGGAGGAGGAGGAAGAAGAAGAAGAAGAAGAGGAAGAGGGCGAGCACAAUGAGGAGACAGACGAGGACGCCAGGACAGAAGGGGAGGACAGCGAUGCCAAAAAGAGGGACGAGUUGUAAAAGAGGAUACCGGUUGGUGGACUGUUCCCUUCUAAACCGACAGAAAAUCAGCAAAAGCCCUAUGGACUGGCCUUUAAUACAGCAGCCUUUUAUUCAGGUGUAGGGGCGAGGGGGUGGUGGAAGGUGGUCAGGUCAGAUUUAAAUUUUUUUUUUUUUUUUAGGAUUCCCUUGUUUUUUAGCUUUCAAAUUAGAGAAGGGUAUUCGUGUUAAUUUCCCUUUUUUAUUUGUCUGUCUGCUUUGGUCGAAUGUUCGAAUUGUGUGCGUUUGUUGCGAUUCCUGGUUCAUGCACUUUUUAUUCCUCCUGUGUGAUUUAGUACCAUUUUUUUAUUUUUAUUGACCCCUUCAUAAUUUAUUCAAUCAUUACAUUGAUUCCCUGAAAACAAGUCAUUUUCUAAAGCUCUGGCUCUGAUUUGGGGCAUAUGUCCUUCCUGCAACUCUGUGUGUGACUCUGUGUGACUGCAUUAAACAAACUGAUUCUUACUAUCGCCAUUUUCUUGUUCUGAAUGAGUGACUGUGGGCUCACACUGCUCAGUUUCAGUGAAUAAAAUUGAAGCUGCUCUACAAGGUGAA